AAAGAGUUUGACCGGUCUUCUUCGCUCAUCCCAUUCUUCUCCCUCAGCUCCAACAGCUGUUUCUCUAAUCUCUCUCUAGUUCUUGAAUGAAUUCAAGAUUCGCGCAUAUGGCCGAGCCAUCAGGUGGCCAAGAGAUGGUUCUACGAGAGUACAGUAAAGGGAAUUGGACAGUGAGUGAGACUUUGUUGCUCAUAGAAGCCAAGAAGAUGGAUGAAGAGAGGCGUGUGCGGCGGUCUAUCGGCCCUCCUCCGCCAGAGAAGCAACAGGAAUUCCGGAACAGACCCGUGACGGAGCUCCGGUGGAAGUGGAUAGAGGAGUAUUGUUGGAGGAGAGGAUGUCUGAGAAAUCAGAAUCAGUGCAACGAUAAGUGGGACAAUCUCAUGAGGGAUUACAAGAAGAUCAGAGAGUACGAGAGGUGGAGGGUCGAUUCGUCUUUCAACACCGGCUCUUCCUCCCCUGCGGCGUCGUACUGGAAGAUGGAGAAAACUGAGAGGAAAGAGAUGAACUUGCCGAGUAAUAUGUUGCCUCAGAUAUACGAGGCGUUGGCUGAGCUAGUAGAGAAGAAGAAUCCACCUUCAUCCUCUUCUUCCUCCGCCGCUGUUACCGUCGUCGGAAACGGUAACGGUGGUUCUUCAGGCGGCCAGAUCCUAAGAGUGUGUCAACAAAGUUUAGGAUUUGUAGCUCCGGUGAUGGCUCAGCCGAUGUGUCAAAUCCCGGCUACUAUUGUAUUACCUCUUCCGCCACAGCCGCCGCCACAUGCUCUGUUCUUAUCACACCCUCCGCCGCCGCAACCCCCACCGUCCACAUUUCACGCUGAGCCUAUGCAGCCCACAGUAGACACAUCGCAGGCGAAGCGAAAGAGAACAACGCCGGGAGAAACCACCGGUGGAGGAGAGAGGGAGGCAGAUGAGAUUGCGGCUGGAGCGGUGUUUUCAAGAAGCGCGUCUGUGAUCGCACAAGUGAUAAGAGAGAGUGAUGAGAGACAAGAGAGGAGGCAUAAGGACGUGGUGAGGCUGCAAGAGAGGAGACUGAAGAUUGAGGAAUCAAAAGCUGAGAUAAACAGACAAAGUAUGAAUGGCGUGGUGGACGCCAUCAAUAAACUCGCAACCUCCAUAUUUACUUUGGCUUCACCUUCUUCUUCUUCCAGCCAUAACAAUGAUCAAAAUCAUCAAGGAGGUCCACAAUGAUAAUUAUUGACUAGAUUAUAUUAGUAAAUAUUGUUCUUAUAAUGUGCUUAGCUAGGAUGUAGAUAUAUGAUUCUUGGGUUGUAACGUUUGAUGCUUACUUUCAAUUAAUAUAGCAAGAAGUAUCAACCAUGCAAAAUGUUACUCUCCACGCCUCUUGUGUUGAUGUUGAAGUGUGGAGCGUGAAAGAGCCACGCGCUAGUGUGAG